UCUUCUUUGUUCACAGAGAGAAAAAGAAGUCUUGGUUCCAAACCAGGAUAUAUGAGUGGGACCCCUGCUUUCACUUCCCCAGCAGAAUGAUUGGAACUAUUGUGCUGGGCUUUCAUCUGCCUGUAUCUGUUCAUCGUCACAGAGUUCUGCGUGUUUGUAUACAUAUGCAAUGAGCUGGACGUGUUUGAGGCCAAGCUGGAGGGCUACCUCGCCUCCGUGAACCAGACGGGCGCCCUGACCCCAGUCAUCCUGCAGGUCAAAGAGCUGAUCAGCGUCACCAAAGGAGUCUGGGUGGUGACCAUUUUGCCUGCCUCCCUCACAUGUGUGAGCUACCUGUUCCACAUUCUGGUCUGUUACAGAAAGCACAUGAAGAGGCUGUGGGCAGGAGACAAGCACUUCCUCCCCUUGAAGUUCCAGAACCCGUCGUCGUCGGGGAGCGUGGUGGCCAUUGCAAGGUACUCUGGCUGGCAGAUCGCCUACAUUCUUUGGGGCUAUCUCAUCAUCCACGUGGUGCAGAGCCUGUGCGGCAUGGCCAUCACGUAUGGCCUGGUGUUGCCCUGUAUGCACAAUCGCAGCCUGGAGAUGCUCCAAGGGCUGGGCAUCGGAAUCCUCACCGUGUCCAUCGUCGUGGGCCUCAUGAUCCUGCAGGUGUGGAUCGCCUCCAGCUUCUUCCUGCAGCCAAAGCUGGGCCCAGCUGACAAGCAGAAGCCCCUGGCUCUCAACAACAGGAAAGCGUUCCACAACUUCAACUACUUCCUGUUCUUCUACAACGUGCUGCUGGGCCUGGGGGCCUGCCUCUCCCGGCUGCUCAUCAGUUGUGUCCUGGGCACGUGGCUGAUCGCGCGCAUCGACAGGACCAUCAUGCAGAGUGGCUACGAGGCGGCAGACAUGGGGUUCAGUGCAUGGACUGGCAUGCUCUACGUGGACCACUACCACACCAACCCCGUGCUCGUCAGCUUUUGUCACAUCCUGAUCACGGGCCACAGGGAGAGGAAGCUGCAGAAGGCCAUACAGUACUGGUAUCUAAACUCAUCAGCAGGUCCCCGCAUCUCAGCCAGGUCCAGGACGAGGUGGUUCCUGCUGAAGACCCUGAUCAACAACCCCGGACUCAUCACACUCAGAAAAUCAAGACCAGAGCACAGCUCCUAGGAGUUUACCCGGCCCCUGCUAAUGUGCUCAGAGAGCUGGCGCUGGCCCCAUGUCCCCUGCCAGGCCAGGCCGCAUGCCCCUGAGAGCGGCUCUGCCUAACCAGCAGCUGUGCCUGCAAUGAGAUGGGCUGGCACAGGCACUGCCCAUGCCUAUGGCAAACAGCAUUGGGCACUCAUGGGACUGCUGGGGGGUCUGAAGUCUCAGUAAUGUUUUACUCCACUGGGGGGAAAAAGCAAUGAAAAACCAAAAAAAAAAAAGUCAGAUGAACAAACUUUGCCCUCGAAUGACUCCCAUGGUCCGUUGUGGGUAGGCAGCGGUGGAGAGUUGCACUUAGUUUAAAUACAAGAGAGAACUGUGCAUCACUACAGGAGAUGGCAGGGGGUCCACACCAGCAAGGCUUACCCCUCAGACUAUCUUUCUCUGGAACAGAAUGUGGCCUUCAGCCCAGUGGGGUCCUCCCUACUUCCUUCUUUCCAGGCUGUGUGGGGGGUGGGAGAGAAGGCGAUCCAUCAUUCCUGCCCUGUCGCUCCCCCUCUUC